CCGCGAUGUGACGUUGUACAGGAACAUGGCGCUUUGGAGGGGAGGUGUUUCAUGAUAGUCAGGGCUAUUGAUUAUUUUUAGCUUUGUUCAUUUAAAUAUAACACUAAGGUAUAAACACUAAAUAUGACAGGUCGUGAAAGGUGAUCGCUCCUUGUGUCUCCAUGGACAACGGAAGACGACAUUCCGUAGCGCUGUUUGCUGUCGUCAGCUGAAACUGUUAGCAUUGAUAGCUAGUUAGCUAGCUGGCUAACAGUAAGUAGCUAACGUUAAACAGACUGAAGAUAUGCUUGUUUAUGUAGCCUACGCGGACGAUGAAUUGAUUAUCAAUGAUUAAAACACGCUGUUUAGUAUCAAAUCAGCCAUUUAUUGUUUAGGACGACGAUUUCCAAUUAGCUGUUAGCUGUGUUAGCUGAGCUAGGAGGAUGAAGAGCCGCCGUGGAUGUGUUUUGUUGCUGGCCGGUGGGAUCUUCCUGUCGGUGUUUGAGCUGUGUGAAGGUGCCCCUCUUCACUAUCACACACCAGGGGAAAGCACAGGGGACUCGUUGUCUGUGUCUCUCUACCUGUCCCUGGUGGUGUCACUGACGGCGCUCGUGGCCUUGGUGGUGUUGCUAGUGAACUGUGUGACCUGCUGCAAGGAGAGGGAGAUCAACUUCAAGGAGUUUGAGGACCACUUUGAUGAUGAGCUUGACUUCACUCCACCGGCAGAGGACACACCUUCUAUGCAGUCCCCAGCUGAGGUGUACACCCUCGCUGUGUCCCCUGUGGCCCUGCCAGGGCCCCCACACCUCCAACCUCCUGUCCGCAUCACAGAGGGAUCCACAGGCUUCCAGGUAGCACGUCACAGUCUGAGUUACAUCCAGGAGAUCGGCAAUGGCUGGUUUGGCCAGGUGCUUUUAAGUGAAAUCUACACAGAUCCAGGUGGAGCCAGAGUGGUGGUGAAGGAGUUAAAAGCUAAUGCAAGUGCCAAGGAGCAGAAUGAUUUUCUGCAGCAGGGCGAUCCAUACAGAGUGUUGCAGCACCCAAACAUCCUCCAAUGCCUGGGACAAUGUGUCGAGGCCAUUCCCUUCCUGCUUGUCUUUGAGUACUGUGAAAUGGGGGAUCUGCGUGGCUAUCUGUCUCAGCAGGAUUGGAUGUUCAGAAACGCUGAGUUGCUGCAGCUGCAGAGGAUGGCCUGUGAAAUCGCUGCUGGUGUCACUCACCUCCACAAACACAACUUCCUGCACAGUGAUUUGGCUCUGAGGAACUGCUACCUGACUGCAGAUCUUACAGUCAAAGUGGGAGACUAUGGAAUUGGACCCUACAGAUACAAAGAGGAUUACAUCAUCACAGAGGAUGAUGUGUUCGCACCCCUUCGCUGGUUGGCUCCUGAGCUGGUGGGCGAACGCCAUGGGGGUGUGAUCACUAUGGAGCAGACCAAGCCCAGUAAUGUGUGGGCACUGGGGGUCACUCUGUGGGAGCUCUUUGAGAAUGCCGCUCAGCCGUACCCCCACCUGUCCGACCGGGAGGUUCUCAACCAUGUGAUCAAGGAACAACAGGUCAAACUCUUCAAGCCACAGCUGGAGCUUCCUUAUUCUGACAGAUGGCACGAGGUGCUACAGUUCUGCUGGCUGUCUCCAGACAAGCGGGCCACGGCGGAGGAGGUGCACCGAUUGCUUAUCUACCUGCGCAUGCAAGGCCAGAAGGACAUAGAAGAAGACUUUGAGCAACGCUGGGAUGCUCUCAAGCCGAACCCCUCUGCACGGCAGACCACAGUCAGCCACUCCUCUUUCCCGAUCUUGGAACAGUUCGCUGACGAUGCCCUGCGACAAGAGAUCGACGAAGUUCUUACCGUCACUGAAACGAGCAAAGGCCUCAGCUUUGAGUAUGUUUGGGAGGCGGCCAAGCACGACCACUACGACGGUAGCCACGGGCGUUCAAACAUGGACACCACCUUGAACUAUCACAGCAUGUUCUUCCCCGUUUCCAGUGAAGACAUCCAGGCCCAUUUCCCUGAUCCCACAGCCAGGGCAGCAGAAAGUGGUCACACUCCUUCAGGAAUCCCUGGUAUUGUACCAGUGUUUGAUGCUCAAAAGCCUUCCAAUGGAAAUGAAUAUUUCAUACAACUAGAAGAACAAGGGGAGAGCACUGUCGGGGAAGAUAGGAAUAGAGGGAAAGACAUGGACUUCGGUUCAGGCCAGCAAGACUUUGUUGUUCUCCAAGAUGUCCGUCUGGAUGAGUCUAGUACCGAUGCUGAUUUUUUCCACCAAAGUAUUGACUCCAAGGAUUCCUAUCUACCAGACAGCCACAUCUGGUCGUCCCUGGAAAAUGACAGUCCGUACCACCCCAACAUUUUCACAGACGGGGGAUCCAAGCAAGAGGACUCUCCUUCCUGGAGACGGAGUUUCAUGGAGCUUCCAGAGCGCAAUGGCAACCCUUUCCAUGAAGGGGCACCUUUAGAGGUCCAGGAGGUGGAUACAGAUAAAAGCUAUGGGGAUUCUUUUUUAGGGGAUAGUUCAGAAGCCACUCACCAGGCAGAUUCUGUGCAAAUGGUGGUGGAGAACACAGAUGUGAAGAGGCUUCUGAAUGAUGAAAAACUGGCGGACAACUUUAUGUUUCUAAAGGACCAGAGCCUGAUGAAAGACAGAUCAAAUUUCUCAAGUCCAGGGGAAAAUUUUCUUCUACCCGGCCGAGCUCACGAACCAGAAGAGAGAUUCAAAAUGAGUUCUUGGGACAACCUCGAGAAUUUAGGCAGCUUACUCACCACAGACAUAUAUUUAAAACCUGCAGCAAGUAGCACAUCCUCAAGACAGGAACUUUUAGACUCUCCAAAUACCAGCUUAGGGGAAUUCUGUCCGUCUCCCAUAGAAAAUGAAACACUGGUGCCUUCCAUUACAGUGGUCACAGAAGAUAACACAAGCAACCAGCUGCCAGUUAGAGAUAGUUCUUCCACUGAGGACCUUGGUCUACUGCAAUCCUCAGUCAGAGGUAAAGACUCUGGUUUUGAUUCUACCUCAGAGAAGUUUGAGGUUCUCAUCAGUCCGACUGAUGACCACACCACUGCGUUCUCUGAAAGUGCCACUACAGACUCAUUGUGCACAGAUGCCAAAAUUCCCAGCCUUGAAGAUGACCUCGGAACCUCAAAGGAUAAUUCCCUGCCCAUAGGAAGUAUGAUGCCUGAAAACCUGCAAGUUCAAGCAUUGUCCUCAGACAAUGGACACAAUGAAGACCUCACAAGUAACGAUCUGUUGAGUGAACUGAUCGAGGACGCAGAUAUAGAACUGGAAACCACUCUGUCUGACCACGAAGAGUCCUUUAUGGACACUAAUGGGCACCCUGUUGUCAGAUCCUCUCUGUUGGUCUCUGGACCGUCAUUGGACCAGAUCAGCCAGGACAGUUUACUGGAAGACAGCAUGUCCACCACUCUACCAACCGUAGAUAACUCAGCCGAGACGCCGGACUCUUUAGACUCCCUCGACAUCCACAGGAUAGCUGAACAAGGAGAGGAGCUGAGUGGUCAACUAGCCCAACACAAACUCCAGCCUCCAUACAAGAUAUCAGACAGCGGGUAUGAGACGGAGAACCUCGAGUCCCCUGAGUGGAACUCUCAGCCCAGUGUUAAAGAACAUUCCCCUGUAAAAAAUGGCACAGGUGUUGCCAAAGAAGAGGAGGAGACGGAGGAGCUUACAGCUGCGACAAAUCUGGUUCCACCUGAAAUUAUCAUCUCCGAAGUCGAGGGCGUGCUGGAGGCUCACAGUGAGGAUCCAAACGAGGACCAACCAGAACCUGCAGCUCCUGCAGAGGAGCCACUCAUGGGCAGUAAUUACAGAGACUCUGCAUACUUCUCAGACAAUGAAUCAGAACCUGAGAAGAAGGCAGAAGAAACGGCUGCAGGAGGUUCUGAUGAGGUCUCGUGGCUGAGGGACUCUACCGAGGUGGCUGCCGGAGGUCCAGCGCCAGAGGUGAACGUGGGGAGGGACGUGGAUUCUUUAAUUUCUCUGCAAGAAUCUUCUGCAGCUGCUGAAGCACAGGCCGAUGGAGAAACUCCUCAUGUUGAGGGCAUUGUACCGGACGCAGAUCCAGAUAUCACAGAGAAACGCAAGGAGGAGGCAACAGAGUCUAACAGUCAUGGCGAAGAUGGAAACAAACCCGAUUUGUUGAAGGACAUCACAUCUUUUGAUCAACAAGACCCGUCGAAAGAUCUAGAAACCUCAACUCCUCUUCCUCCUGCUGCCCCGUCAGAGCCGGAGCCAGAGAGCUCGGGUCACGCUAAACUAACCAGGACCUACGCCAGCGACGGCCAUAAAAUAAAAGAGCCGGACAUGGAGGGGCGGUACCUGGGGAGGCGGGACGGCUCGGCGCUAGACGGACAGGAGGACGGCGUGGACGCGGACGAGGAGGACGAGAACAGCGACGACUCUGAUGACGACGUCCGCGGAUACCAGCUGCACAGCUCCAGCUCGGACAGCGAGGACGAUACGGUGCACACGGUGCCGAUUAUUAUCUCAGACGACACCAGCGCAAAGAACCUGAAGAGCUUGUUGAAACCCAACACGCUGAACAUCCAGGCGUCAUCUUCACCGACUCCUGCGAGGUUUGACGCCAAUAACUCCAGAAGAGCUGUGUCUUUCUUCGAUGAUGUCACCGUCUACCUGUUUGACCAGGAGACCCCCACCAAGGAACUGGGUGACCACUCCUCAGGCUCACACAACCAAGCACCAGAGUUCAGCAGCCCGAUGCCCACUGCCAGCUACCUGAACCGCUUCACCAACUCUGAAAGCUCCACCGACGAAGAAGGUGGGGGUUUUGAGUGGGACGACGACUUCUCCCCCGCACCUGCGUUCCUGCCCAAGACGGACAAAGACCCCGUGUCAAAGACCAUGAUGUCCUCGUCUGCAGCGUCUCGCUUCUCCUCUCCGCCUCCUGCGACAGGCCGCGUGCUGGAGCCCAGCUGGAGCAGCUCCUCCAACUACUCCCGUUUCUCCAUCUCCCCGGCCAGCAUCGCCAGCUUCUCCCUCACACACCUCACCGACUCCGACAUCGAGCAAGGAGGCAACAGUGAAGACGGAGAAAAGGACUAGUGUGAUAUAUUUAUAAUCACAUUAUUUAAAAACGAACCCAUACUCGCACUUUUUUUGGAAACCGAGAACGGCUGAACGGGGACAAAUGACGCGGUUUGCAAACCGCGGAUGCUUCUCUCAGGCAGAACUGCUCUUUACCUACACGGAGAACUUUCAGCAAAUAAGUGAAGAAAAGGCCCAGCUCCAGUCUGAGCCACAUCACCUCUCCUGCUCCAUCAGUGUGUGAUUUCAGUUCAGUGCAAUUCCACUUGGGAAGUAAAAAAAAAACAAAAAAAACAAGUUUCUAAAUGUUUGCUUUAAAGACUCAUUAUGCGCAUUCCAGGUGUUUGGCUGCUUCUUUUCGUUGUGUGUCCAAGUGCACUCAUUUUCCAGGACUUUUGCAUCACCAAAAAAGAAAAAAAAAAGAAAAAAUUUAAAGACUUUUUAUGCUCUGAAUUCAACACACUGGGCUGCAAAUUUAUCACUACAGCCAAAUAGGAAUAAGCUCUUUGAUUUCAGCAGACCUAAAAACUGAAGAUCCAAGCUUUUUCUCUUAACUUUGUUCAUUUUUCUUCAUGUUGUGCGAUUAUUUCAGUGGUUGCCUCUUUUUUUUUGGAAGAGUGAUUUGUUGUAAUUUUUUUUUUUUCUUUUCGUAACUUCUCGUUGGGUGUUUGUCACAAUCUCCUCAUUGGAGAGAAACUAUCCUUCUGUAGCAGCAUUUGAAUAAGAAGGGUUGAAAUUUACCUGAACUAAAAAAAAAAUCCCUCAUCUGCGGAGGGGACACACUGUGUGUUCCUUUAUGUUUGAAAGGAACAUUCACGGUAAGUAGUUUCAUAUUUUUGAGACGUCUCAGUAGGACCGGUCGGAGAGGAGGAUCCAAGUGAAAGAAGAAGAAAAAAAAACUUAAGACAAGUUAUUCAUUUUGUAAUGCUUCAUUUUAUUCUGAAAUGUGCAGGAAGUUCUGGUUUUGACUACUUGUCACAGUGCCUGUGAUGCUGUAAAGACAGCUGCACUUCUCCAUUUAUUCUCACUACAAAAUUUAAAAAAAUCACACUCUGAGUGGGAUUGUGUAAAGGCGGGAGAUUUUUAUUUUUUAAAUGUCAGAAUGAAGAAAUGUUAAUGAGCUGUUUGUAAACAAAUGUGCAAUGAAUUUUCAUUAAUUAAUUGAAAUUUUUGAGUUGAUAGGACGAACGUGGCGGCGUUUUUUUUCCAGAAAUGUGCAGGGACUUUAAGCUUCAUCACAAAAACUCACUACUAGAACAAAAGAACACUACUGCUUUUUCUCAGUGUCAUAAACAGAGUUGUCUGCCUUUAUUUUUAACUUUGUGUCAAACUUAAUUAACCUGUUCAGAUGGCAUUUUUCCUCCUUAAAGACCCAUCGUCCAGUUGCAUUUUUAAGCAUUUCAUCUCUGCAGGCUGUACAGGGAUUUGUGUGUAUCAUGAUCAGUUUCUGUAUAAAAAAAACAUAAUGCAAAUGGUUUUGGAUCAAGAUAUGCUUUUCCCUCCAAGGUUUAAUGUACAGCUAUAUAAAACAGUUUUUGAAACUGUAGGUUAUACAGUUACUGUAUGGUUAAAGCUGAAGCUGUACUCCACCUGUAGUAGAUAACAUGUGCCCCGCCCCCUUUUACAGAAGAAGCUGUAUCUUAGAUAACCUCUGUUAAAAACCAGCAGCCUGUGCUUCAGUUAAACUUGAACAUUUAUUUAAGGAAACCUUGUUUUAUUUGACUACAGUAUACAUUUGCUUAAUCUUGCACAUUUGAGAAAUGUAACUUAAUGUUGAACUGUACUGAUGUAUGUAAAUGUAAAUUUUUUUUUGUCUGUAAAUGGGAAAUGAUGUGAGUCAUAGGUAUGAGGUUUCAUUUUGUAACUUAAAGCUGAGUUGAUCAGAGGAACAUAUCACAGUCGUCGGCUAAAAAGCAGUUAAAUUAAGACACAAAAGCAGAUGUGAAUUCAUUCUGUCCUUUAAACUUGUAGAUUUUAAAAAUAUUUUUACUUCAUAUUUAUCAUGCUUAGUGUAAUUGAAUGAAAUGUUUAUAAUUACACUGUUUAAUAUGAAAAUAAAUGCAAAUGAACUUCUAA